GGAUUCGUGCAGUUGUGUAAAAAGUGUUAAAAAUAUUUUAUAGCACGGAGGACGGAGGUGCACGGAGGCACGCACAUUGAACUGUUGUGAUUUAAUAACAUUUUGCCGAGAAGGUACAAAAUCAAUUGAAAAUGUCUGUAGCUGAGUUCCUGAAGGGAAUGCCCUCAUUCAACGAGAAUAACUUUGCGAAAUUCCAUGUGGAUAGCAAUAACCGAUCGCCGUUGAAGAGGCCUGCAGCCUAUGUGCCCACCAAGGAGUACCCCUCGGAGCAAGUAAUUGUCACAGAGAAAACAAAUAUACUAUUAAGAUACUUGCAUCAGCACUGGGAGAAAAAGGCAUUGCAAAAGAAAAGGGACCAUACAUCUGUAGAGGACGAGCAGAUAUUAGCUAGGAAAAGGCCAAGAAUUGAUUAUGGUGCAAAUGCACCUUAAAUUAUACGCAUGAAUGGGAUACACAUGAAUCUGAUACAUUCACAAUAAAUAUGUUUUAUAUUAA